AUGGAUGGUGAUGAUGAUGAUGAUGAUGAUAACGAUACUAAUAGAGAGAUCAGGAUCAUUCGGGUCGGGUCGGGUCGGGUCAAAGCCGCUCCUAUGAGUAGCAGUAGCGCAGUAGUGACAGCAGCUAAGACACUGAAAGUGAAGACGAUUGCCUUCAAGCAAGGUACUGGUGACAGCGGUAGUAAUGGUAGCACUGGUAGCAGUAGCGGUAGUAGUGGUACGGUGGCGCUGUAUCGUCAUGGCUAUCCAUCAACGCCAUUGCCAAUCAGAUUCUCUUCCAAACUUUCAGUCAUUCUUCCUUUUAAAUUUUCAUCAACUUCAGGAGCGCUUAUAGUCUUCCAUUGUUGUACUGGGGAAGAAACUGCACAGACUGUAAAAUUUGCAUGA